AACUUCAAAAAAAUAAAACUCUGAACUCAGAAAUUCUUGUCCACAUUGAUUAUCACAAAAUGGUUAAUAAUACUAAAGAAAACAUCAAUUUCACUACACAGUUUCCCCUUAGCAUACAAAUACAGUUAACCAGAUAGACAGAGAGGCACACAACAUAGGAAGCAGAACUAAACAUAGUCUAAAGCAGGAUGAUGCAAUCAUUUGCAGGACAUAAUGUUCAGUUCUCAACUUCCCUUUUCUGUGGUUUAUACGACGAAACCUAUCCGAGAGAAAACUAUACUCACUCUUCCACUGUCACCACAACCGACUCCUCUGAUAGUUCCUUGUACUCGAGUUUUGAAGCCUUAUUCCCAGAUGCGUUUACUGAACUCACGAGUUUGCAAAACGAUACUGCCAUGGAUCAUUUAGAGUCCAGAGAGUUUGAGGAUUUCUGGCAAUGGUUAAAUAACAGUGACCAGCCAAAGGGGGAUAUGUGGAGUCCUAGCCUCUCAGUGGUAUCGAGUGAGGCUUCAAUGGUUCCAGGGACCGGGAUGGAAGUAGACGGCCUAACGAGCCUUCAUCACUUGCUAGAGGCUUAUGCAGAAGCCAUAGAAGAUGGGCACAAGGAGCUAGCGGAGGUGAUUGUGAAGUGCGUAACUGGAAAAGUGAACCCGUUGGGAGAACCAAUCGAACGUGUUGCUUUCAACUUGUUCCAUCCCUCGGAAGAUCUCCAGAAAGAAUCAAGCAACAAUUUCGAAGCAGCAUUCAUGGCCUUUUACCAAAUUCUCCCGUAUGGGAGAUUUGCUCACUUUGCUGCUAACUCAGCCAUCCUUGAAGCAUUACCAUCUUCUGCAGAAAGAGUUACCAUAGUAGACUUUGACAUGGGAGAAGGAAUCCAAUGGCCUCCACUGAUCGAAGCCAUGGGUCCGAGACCAAUAUCUUUGAAACUCAUAUCCAUAAAAACAGAACAAGGGUCAAUUGCAACCAGUAGUCGCUGGAGAUUCGAGAAUACACGAAGAAGACUUUAUGAUCAUGCAAGGCAAUGCGGCCAAAAAUUGCAGGUCGAGGAGAUGACCAUUGAGGAAUUAGUCACUGAAACGAAACGAAGCACUGGAAAACAACAAUGGUUAGCCUUCAACUGUAUGUUCAGACUGCCACACAUGACUAAGAAGCAACCAAGAAGUCAAGCCAUGGAGUUCUUGAAGAUAGCUAAAGAAUUGUUAUCCUCUUCAGCAAUCCCAUCAGGAAUCGUUGUUUUUGCAGAUGGAGAACCCCGGGGCAAUGGUGAUUCCUCUCCCGGUUACACUUCUUCCUUUAACAAUCAAUUCAUACACUAUAAAUCCCUGAUCGAAUCAAUGGAAUCCUAUUUCCCAGUCAAUCUCGCAGAAGCAAGAAUCGCCUUGGAAAGUCAUUUCUUUUCACCUUUCAUCUGCUCUACCUCCUGGUUUCAAGACUGGCAAGAGAGCAAGAUUAAGGGAACUUCCAAUCUUAUGGCAGAAACAGGGUUACAAGGCAGGAAACUAAGCAUGGAGAAUUUAAUCCAAGCCAAAGUACUGGUGAGUGAAAGAGAGACUGCAUAUAAAGUCAGAAUCGAAGAACAGAAGCAGCAUGAGAUGAUCUUAGAAUGGAGAGGAACUCCAUUAAUGGGGGUUUCUACUUGGAUGUAAAAAAAGACAAGAAUCUAAGACAUAGGAACUUAGGAAGUUACACAGCUAAGGAAAUUGUUUAUAAUAUAAAAGAGCACUAUUUUAUCCACAUUUGUCUUUCUUGCAUUCAAAAUAUAAAGCACCAUUAGAAUACAGUGUGAAGACAACAAUACAGUCCUACUAAAUGUGAUCAUCUUUAAAAAAUUACAACUAAAUAUGAAAUUAAAGUAAUAUUCAAAAACUAAAAUUAAGUAAUUAAGUAUAUUAAUUCAGUCAAACUCCUCUCCCAUCCAAAUUCCAAAGGAGCCAAUUGAUUCAAAGAAGCAGGAUAGGUACUGAAACAAAAGACAACUGUCCGGUUGAGCAGGGCCCCAUCACCAUUUUCCUGAGAGAAUAAACUCAGGAAUAUUGGUUAGAAGAAUAAGUUAAUAUGCAAAAUCCAAAAAUCUUCUCCACUCUCAAAAUUGUCCAUUUCUUACUAAUAAGCUC